AGAUGUCAUUGAAGGUACAGACAAGUAACAUCACAAACAAGAACGAUCCCAAGUCCAUCAACUCCAGAGUCUUCAUUGGCAACCUCAACACAGCCGUGGUCAAGAAGUCGGAUGUGGAGACCAUUUUCUCCAAGUAUGGCCGCGUGGUGGGCUGCUCCGUUCACAAGGGCUAUGCCUUCGUGCAGUACUCCAACGAGAGGCACGCGCGUGCCGCUGUCCUGGGCGAGAACGGGCGCGUGCUUGCUGGCCAGACUCUGGAUAUCAACAUGGCUGGGGAACCCAAGCCAAAUAGACCUAAAGGGCUGAAGAGAGCAGCCUCGGCGUUGUACAGCGGUUAUGACUUCGACUAUGAUUAUUACAGAGACGACUUCUACGACAGGCUCUUCGAGUACCGGGGCCGCGUGUCGCCCGUGCCCCGGGUGGUCCCCGUGAAGAGGCCCAGGGUCACCAUCCCCCUUGUGCGGCGUGUGAAGGCCACGCUGCCUGUCAAGCUCUUCGCCAGGUCGGCCGCCAUCGCCAACAGCUCGGCCAAGCUGAAGUUGAAAUGCAGCGAACUGCAAACGAUCAAAACUGAACUGACGCAGAUCAAAUCCAACAUCGAUGCUCUUCUGGGCAGAUUGGAGCAGAUUGCUGAAGAACAGAAAGUGUCGACAGAGGUACGGAAGAAAGCUGACGGAAGCAAAAGUGAGAUCUCCCAGGAAGACACAGCAUCAGAGGCAGAGAUCAACACAGAGGAGCCGCUGAACGGAGAUGAGGGUGAGGAAGAGGGUCUCACACGAGAUGAUUGUGAAGAUGAACUGGAGAACAGCCAUUACACAGAUGUGGAGGAUGCCAGACUACAGUAACCAGCCCGUUCAGAACAGCAGUGAGCAACGAUGUGUGGAAAGCACGAGGCUAAACCCUAUCCUGGCACGCUGAGCAAGACAAGCUUACCUGAAGGGCUACUGUCAUCUCCACCUGGCAUUCAAAAGGAGAGACAUGGCCCAACAUCUUCCACCCAUCUGUAAAGCAAAGAAAAUUAUUCAUCCCAGCAGAUCCCCAUCCAAUGGAUUCA